GCCUUGUACCAUGUGAUCUCUGUGAUCAUUCACAGAUUUCACACGUAGUAAGUAAUGAUGUCAGGAAGUGACAUCUUGCUUACUACUAUUCAUGUGAUCACUGAUUGGCCAAUCAGUGAUAACAUGAUCGGGACCUCAGACAGAGGUCCCGUACAGCGAUCGGUGUUCUGCUGUGUCCUCCGGACACAGCGGGCACUGGAUAACGUGCGCUGUUUAGGAACGGCAACCUACUCCUGCACUGCUCGUUUAUAUACAUGGGCCGGACGGGAAGUGGUU